AUGGAACCACCCACAAAGCGACGAUUGAUCAUCAAAUUUUCUUAUGAGAAAGAUGAUCACGAGAAGAAAAAACCCAUUGUAACUUCUUAUUGGGUUGAUUCUACUUCUACUACCAAUAAAGUCUCAACAACAAUAAAGUCUCAAGAAGUUGUUGUUGAUUCUACUUCUGCUGCUGCUACUCCUACUCAUCAUAAGGUUUCUUCUACUUCUACCAAGAUUAUCAACAACACUGUUCUUGCUGCUGCUGAUCAUAAAGAAAGGUACUUUCUUGAUCCUAGGGUUGAUUCAAAAAAUGGGUUUGAUGGAAAGUUGAAGAAGGAUUAUGCUGAAACAGAUUUGUUGAUGAUCAAGAAAAAUAAACCAAUGGAACAUUACAAAAGGAUGCAAUGUUGGGUUAUUGUGAAGAGAAUGAUUGAAGGGAGAGACGGCUGGGCAUUGAAAGAAUCUCUUGAUCUCAAAUUUUUGAAGGGUUUGGAGAAGAACAAAUCAAAGGUACAGAAAGCAAUUGGUUUGAAAGAUAUUGAAGCCAAGUUGAAAUCAUAUUCCACUCCAGAUGAAUUUGCAAAGGAUAUGAGAUUUGUUUUCUCUCAAGGAUUGCUUUACCAUCCAAGGCAUAUUGUUCACAGAAUUGCUACGAAAUUUAGUGAAACUUUUGAGAAUAAAUGGAAAAGUUUGAAUGAAGAAUGGACAAUUGAAGAAAGGAAAGUGAAAAGGAUUCAUAAGAGGAAGAGGGAACAAGCUGUUUAUGAUAAUGAGAGGAAAUGUCUCAGUUUCCAACAGAAAAGAUCACAACUUUGUGCAACAUACUGA